AUGCUGAGUCCCUUCAAGGUCCUGGUCAUUGGGGGUUCCUAUGCCGGCCUGGCCGCCACGCUGAAUCUGUUUGAUCUCUGCCAGGGCCGACGUCGUCGCUUCUCGUUGGACCCGGCGGAUGAGGGGCCUCAACGGACGGUCCCCGUGCAGAUCACCAUCGUCGAUGAACGGGACGGAUUUUAUCAUUUAAUCGGGGUGCCGUUGGCUAUUGCUUCCCAGGACUACGCGCAUGCCAUCUGGAAGACGUUCGAUGACAUCCCCGCUCUACAGACCCCCGCAAUCCGGCGCAUCCAGGGGCGAGUCGUGAGUGUCGACUGCGAGACCAAAACGGCUCGGAUUGAGGGCAUCACAAAAGGGCGGCCGGUGACCGAAGAGAAAUACGACUAUCUGAUCGCAUGCUCGGGCCUGCGCAGGGACUGGCCCAGUGCGCCCAGGUCUCUGACACGGCAGGACUACAUAGCCGAAGCGACGCGGUGGGUGGAAGAUGUCAAGAACGCGACGCAGGGAGUCGUUGUCAUCGGCGGAGGCGCCGUGGGAGUCGAGAUAGCGGCGGAGAUCAAAAUGAUGCAACCCCAAGUCAAGGUCACGCUUAUUCACUCGCGCUCCAGAUUGCUCUCGUCCGAGUCCCUCCCAGAUGAGUUUGGCAUGAAGACGCUCGCGCUUCUUCAGUCCGAUGUAGAUGUGAUUAUCGGCGCGCGAGUACAGGAGACUACAGCCCACGAGAGCGAUGCGACUGGCGCGGUAUCGGGAUACACCCUGACACUCUCAGAUGGCCGACAGCUGCAGACAAGCCAUGUCAUCAACGCCGUAUCGCGGUUCUCGCCCACGACGUCUUACCUUCCCGACGCCGCCUGUGACGAAGAGGGCUACGUCUACAUCACGCCGCAGCUGGAAUUUUCUGGCGAUGUUCCCAACGCCGGAGACCAUUACGCCGCGGGUGAUCUCGUCCACUGGUCAGGAAUUAAGCGCGGAGGAGCUGCCAUGCAUCAAGGCCACUAUGCCGCCGUUAAUAUUCACCAGAAAUUGUACGCCCAGAUCUACGGGUCUGAGAUCGACGCGCUAGAUCUAGCAGAGGUGCCGCCCAUGAUGGCGCUGGCGUUGGGGAAGCAGGCGGUGGGAUACUUCCCAACGACCGGGCUCUCGGAGGGGGACGAGGUGCUGAAGGCCUUUUUUGGUGACGAUUUGGGAUUCAUGAUUUGUUGGAAUUGGAUGCGCCUAGGGCAAGUGCCGCCAGCAUGA